AUAAAAAAAAAAACUCACACACAGUCGGUCUGAUUACUCUCAUGGGCAUCAAUGUAAAUUCAUUAUCCAAUUAGCUAAAUUUAAAUUGAAAAUUGGUUAACCUACAACUUCAUAGCUGAAUCUCGUCUAGCUAUCGGUGCUUACUAGUGUUAUCCAGGUUUUGUAGAACUAUAUAAGAGUGAGAACAUAGGGAAAGAAACUAAUCUUUCAAAACAAUUUUUGUGCAGAUUUACUGUAUUGUAAACAAAUUUAUAGCGAUGUCGAAUUUCCCUGCUGUAGCCACCGUUAUUGGAGUGAGUAAAGAAGUAGCAGAAAGUGGGCCGUUGUUGGCGACUCUCGCGAUAGAUCCAAGCAUUAUAGGAGCCCAACCACACCCUGCAGAACCAGUAGAAAUAAAAACUGGAGACCCUGUGUCACAAGCAGUAGUUGACAACAUUAUUGGGAAGCUUCCAACAAAAAAAGAACCGGUACUGUUGCGGUGUGACAUCUGCAAUAUCAUUGUAUCUAGCCAAGAAAUAUUGGAGACCCACUAUGCUGGAGCAAAACAUGCCAGGAAGUUGAAGGGCCAGGAAUUGAUAAAAGAGAUUUUGAACUCACCACAUUCUACAUUCAUUGCACCUAAUGCUCAGAAUGGGUCUGAGAGUAGGAUUGCUGAGUUCACGUGCAAGAUCUGCAAUGUCAGAGUUAACUCUGAGCAGCAGCUUCAGCAGCAUCUGACAGGCUCAAAACACAAGAACAAAGCAGAAUCAAGCCAGUCAAAUACAAUGCAAGUGUCUGUUGCUAAUGGCAGCAAUGGAGGUAAAGGUGUGGUGGCUGUGGAUAUUGGACCUAACAGGCUGUAUUGUGCGGCUUGCAACGUUCACGUCAACUCCGAUCUUCAGUUACAUCAGCACAUCACGUCAAGCAAACACGCCAACAAGGUAAAUGGACGAGCCCCGACCAGCAACAACCGUGGCAGCCCUUACAUGCGGCGACAGGCUCGAGGCGGGCGGAGCAGUAGUAGUGGGGUCAACAACUGGAGAAACAAGUUUGAUUCAAACAAUGGAUGGAGCCCCAGCAACACCGGCAUGGGUCUAUCAGCUCCUAACUGGCCUAAGCUGCCUCUAGAGAUAAACAAACCUUUUGUCUCCGGAGGUGUACUCUACUCCCGACGAGACUAGAAUAGUCCGAUAGGAUAAUAGGUGUUGUAUCUCGUAGAAGAGUAUUGAAGAAAUCUUCACUCAUUAAUUGUGUUCACAUAGUUAAAUAUAAUCAAAUUUAUAUUUGUUAUUUAUUAAAACAGUUUGAAUUUUUGUAAAAGUCAAACUUAAUUAAUUUACAGAGAUUGUUUACAGUAAUUGUACAACUGUAAGUAUGGUAUUGUCUUAUGCCGUCUGAUUCUGAUUCUCUUAACUAUUACUUAAAUCACAAACUGGUUAUGUCAAGUUAUUUACCUUUAGUAAAUUUAUAAUAUAAUCUCAAAGAGGUUGAUAUUUGUAUUGCUUUCAAUAAACUAUGAUAAUAUUUCCAAAUAAAAUGUUUUAAAUGCAAUACA